CCCUGACCUGAAGGGCCUCCAGACACAAGUGAUUCCUGGAGCGACUGUCACUGCCUGAACACCAAGACCACCCCUCAUCCCGCCACGCGGAGCGCAGAGCCAGCUGUUAGCCAUGCGGAUCCUGUACCUCCUCUUCCCCUUCUUCCUCCUGUUGCUCCAGGGCAGUGCAGGAUUCUCCUUUGCUCCAGGAAAUAAGGCUGAAUGUCAACGAGAAAAAGGUUAUUGUGGAUUCCUAAAAUGCUCUUACGUUCUUCUGAAGAUAUCCUAUUGUUUCUCCUUUUCAAAUGCAGGAUUCUCCUUUGCUCCAGGAAAUAAGGCUGAAUGUCAACGAGAAAAAGGUUAUUGUGGAUUCCUAAAAUGCUCUUUCCCGUUUGUUGUCAGUGGAAAAUGCUCAAGAUUUUUCUUUUGCU